GUUCUCCUUAUUUUUCUACUCUUUUGUGGGAAUGAGUUGCCAAGCUUUUACUUCGGCUGAUACCUUUAUACCCCUGAAUUCUGACGCCUCUGCAACUCUGCCUCUGAUAAUGCAUCACAGUGCUGCCGAGUGUCUACCAGUCUCCAACCAUGCCACCAAUGUGAUGUCUACAGUCCCAUCUAUUUUGUCUUUGAUCCAAACUCCUAAAUGUUUGUGCACGCAUUUCUUGGUGACAACGUUGGGAAACACAGCAACGGGACUUCAUUAUUCUGUUCCUUCCUGUCAUUAUGGAAACCAGCCAUCAACCUAUGGAGUGAUGGCAGGUAGUUUAACCCUUGUCUAUAAAUUUCCUGACCACACUUUGAGUCAUGGAUUUCCUCCUAUACACCAGCCUCUCCUGGCAGAGGACCCCACAGCUGCUGAUUUCAAGCAGGAACUCAGGCGGAAAAGUAAAUUGGUGGAAGAGCCAAUAGACAUGGAUUCUCCAGAAAUCAGAGAACUCGAAAAGUUUGCCAACGAAUUUAAAGUGAGAAGAAUUAAGUUAGGAUACACCCAAACAAAUGUUGGGGAGGCCCUGGCAGCUGUGCAUGGCUCUGAAUUCAGUCAAACAACAAUCUGCCGAUUUGAAAAUCUGCAGCUCAGCUUUAAAAAUGCAUGCAAACUGAAAGCAAUAUUAUCCAAAUGGCUGGAGGAAGCUGAGCAAGUAGGAGCUUUGUACAAUGAAAAAGUGGGAGCAAAUGAAAGGAAAAGAAAACGAAGAACAACUAUAAGCAUUGCUGCUAAAGAUGCUCUGGAGCGACACUUUGGAGAACAGAAUAAACCUUCUUCUCAAGAGAUCAUGCGGAUGGCUGAAGAACUGAAUCUGGAGAAAGAAGUAGUAAGAGUUUGGUUUUGCAACCGGAGGCAAAGAGAAAAACGGGUGAAAACAAGUCUGAAUCAGAGUUUAUUUUCUAUUUCUAAGGAGCAUCUUGAGUGCAGAUAAGAUUUUUCUACUGUAUAAUAGCCUUUUUUUCCUGUUUCAUUCCUUUCUCUUCCUCAAGAAAAACAGAAAUUACUUGGUUGACUUAAAAUCAUUUUAUAUCAAUAGCUUUUACAGAAGCAUUGCUUUUCCACUUUUUUAAAAAAAAGAAACCAACAAUUUAAAUUAUAGUGAUGUUAUUUACUUGAAAUAAUUAUUCUCAGAAGCCAGAUUAUACAUUUUAAGCCAAAUAUAUUAACAGUAAUAAAACGAUCUCUCUCUGUUUUCUCUCUCUCUCUCACACACACACACUGACAUAUGAGUGUGCAUAUGAGUUUAUAGAUUCCUUUUCCAAAUAUGUGUAUUAGUUUUUUAACAUUUAAGUCAGUAAUGACACAUAUGUAAAGCACAUCGCCAGAAAUAUCCAAUUCGAAAAUUAAUUAGCCAAUGUUCUGCUUUCUACCAACUCUACUAGUUUGUCUGAACUAAAAGUUUUGAACUUAGAGCCAGAGGUGUCUUAUAGUUUUAUUACUACCUUUAAGGAAUAAGCCUCAAUCAGAAUUGAUACUUUGAAGUAGAACUGUUUCAAAAGAGAUUUGUAGAAACAUUAAUUUUUGAUCUUUUUAUUCUUCCUAAAUAUUAGCUUUUUGAUGUGUAGCCAUAGAAAAGAAUGCUUUAUGGAUCCUUGAGCCUCAAACCAUUAGUCUAUAAGCUGCAACGGGACAGGAAGAGAUCUGGCUUGUUUGGUGUUAUUUCUCCGGGACUUGGGAAAGUUCUUGCUCAUAUUAGGCAUGCAAUACUUGUUAAAUGAAGGAGUGCAAUGUUAACAAUAGCUACAAAUGUGAACGGCAUCACCUAAUUUUAAAUUAUAAUGUUUUUGAAAUCUCACAAUCUGGAAAAUCAUCCAGGUUUCUAUAACAAGACAUGAUCACUUUUGGUAUAAUUGAUUAGAAUCUGAUUUACUAUUUGUAAAAAUGUUUGACAUAUUGAGAUUUUAAUUUUAAUUCUGAGAAUUGUAUCGAAAAGGACAUAUUUAUUUAAAUUUUAAGAAUGCAUUACCUUGAAACAUGCUAGUAGAAGCAAACUGUAAUGUGAUAUUAACUUAGAAUAGUGACUUUUUUUUACAUUUGGAAUGUAAAUCUGCUGGCUAUGUUUAUCUAACUUAUUUUAAUAUAACAAAAGUGGUAACAAUUAGACCAAAUUUUAUUGUUGAAUUAGAAUGCUUAGAAAAUAAAUGAUACUGUCCAGUCUCUUUUUAUGAUAUUAUUAAAGACCCAGUAUUUUUAUAGGUCAUAAUCUACAUAGACUAUAUAUGUAUGUUCAUACAUAAUCACCAUCAAUUGGAUGGGUAAAAUUUGAUAUAUUACUAACAAAGAUAGACAUUUAACUAACAAAACAGCUUUCAGUGGCCUAAUCAUCCAUGCUUAAGCACACAUUUAGCAUCCAAAAGAUAUGAAAUACAACAUUCUUAUUUAAGAGUAAAUUCCAAAUUAUUCAGCCACACAGCCAUUCAAGUUCCUUCUCUGGAUAACUCAAUAUUUCUUCGCCUACUUAAAACACAUUAACUGGGGAAGGAAUUCUUUAGUUUGCUAAAAGCCAGAUCAUGUAUACAUACAUGUAUAUGUAUAUAUGCAAAAAUGUAUAUAUGCACUUUGAAACUUGCAAAUAGAAAUAAAACGUCAUGC